CUGUGUAAAAGAGACGCCAUUUUGCAAGCGUCACUUGGCGGCGUGUCGGGUUUCGGCAUUAUAUUGAAUUUACUCACUUAGAAAGCUUAUUAUUGUUUUGGUUUCGUGUAAUAUGUCGUAUUCGUCUAGUGUAGCACAAGAUACAUUAGCUGCAGCUCAGUUAGAAAUGGCGGGUAACCCCAACGCUUUGGCGCUUAGACGGCCAUUCGAUCCGGUAGCUCAUGAUUUAGAAGCCAGUUUUCGACUGACAAGAUUCGCUGAUCUUAAAGGCAGAAGCUGUAAGGUACCACAAGAUGUACUCGGUAAACUCGUGGAAUCAUUGCAACAAGAUUAUUCUCAACAGGAACAAGAUCAGUUUAUGCAUGUGGCUAUCCCGCGCAUCGGCAUCGGCUUGGAUUGUUCAGUCACGCCGUUGAGACACGGUGGGCUAUGCUUGGUACAAACGACGGACUUCUUUUACCCCCUAGUAGACGACCCAUACAUGAUGGGGAAAAUUGCCUGUGCGAAUGUUCUGAGUGACUUAUACGCUAUGGGUGUUACGGAGUGUGACAAUAUGCUUAUGCUACUCGGUGUUUCUACAAAAAUGACUGAGAAAGAACGUGAUGUCGUAAUACCUCUUAUAAUGCGGGGUUUCAAAGACUCCGCCUUGGAAGCCGGGACCUCUGUCACUGGGGGACAGACUGUUAUCAACCCUUGGUGCACUAUUGGAGGGGUGGCCACGACUAUCUGUCAACCAAACGAAUACAUCGUGCCGGAUAAUGCUGUUAUGGGUGAUGUUCUUGUUCUAACAAAGCCUCUUGGUACACAGGUGGCUGUCAAUGCUCACCAGUGGCUUGACCAACCUGAGCGUUGGAAUAGAAUCAAACUUGUUGUAUCUGAAGAAGAUGUAAGAAAAGCGUAUCAUCGUGCUAUGGACUCUAUGAGUAGACUCAACCGCAUUGCUGCCAGACUUAUGCAUAAGUACAAUGCUCAUGGAUCUACAGAUGUUACUGGUUUUGGUCUGUUAGGACAUGCUCAAAAUCUAGCUUCUCAUCAAAAGAAUGAAGUGUCAUUUGUGAUUCACAAUUUGCCAGUGAUAGCUAAGAUGGCAGCAGUCGCAAAGGCUUGUGGUAAUAUGUUCCAGUUGCUGCAGGGACAUGCACCUGAGACUUCUGGUGGACUGCUGAUCUGUCUCCCACGUGAGCAAGCUGCUGCUUAUUGCAAAGACAUUGAGAAGCAGGAGGGCUACCAGGCUUGGAUCAUAGGAAUUGUUGAGAAGGGCAACCGCACAGCCCGUAUCAUUGACAAACCUCGAGUUAUUGAAGUGCCGGCUAAGGAUUAAACAUUUGAUUUGGGACAAUAAAUAGCUUCUUAUAAAUGUUAUAAGAAAUAGAAAACACUACAACUUCGUUUUUAAGGAAAUUUAUUAUUAAGUAAUGUCUGAUUUAGACUUUAAUUUUUUAUUUGUCUCUGAUUUUAUUUUAACGUUGAGUGGAAUUUAAAUAGACUUCUAUAAAGCUUACUCAAUUCUAAUUAGUGAUUAAUCAAUGUUUGACACAUAGUAUAUUCACUUAUUAAAAAAAAAACUUAUUCCAUUAGGUAACAAUUUUAAAUGCAAAAUGUUCAAGUUGCUACUAUUAUAGCAAAUUGUGAAAUAAGUUUAAUUUGAAUAAAGUUAUUUUUCAAUCUUA